UGAUGCACGCGCGGAGCGGCGGCGGCGCUCGCGAGCUCGUCACCAGCGUCCGGUCAGUCAGCGUCGCUCUGGAGAGCUAGUGCGAUCCUCGGCAGUGUUCUGAGACUGCACUAACUGCUCCGGUCAUUACUGGGAAAUGUCAUGAGACAUGGACAUUACGGAGGAGAAAUAACUAAAUAAAGGCAUUUCUGAGAAAGUCCCCGUUUAAACCUUUUCUUUUGUUUCCGCGGAAAAGUUAAGUGAAUUCGUUAUACGCAAGACAAGGUUGUUCAGCAUAGGCGCAUCAUGACAGCCGAGAAAGAAAAAAAAAGGCAUCCUUCAGAAAGACGCAAGGAAAAGUCCCGUGAUGCAGCUCGCUGCAGGCGCAGUAAAGAGACAGAGGUGUUCUAUGAGCUGGCCCAUCAGCUGCCGUUACCCCACAGCGUCAGCUCCCACCUGGACAAAGCCUCCAUCAUGAGACUAGCUAUAAGCUUCCUGCGCACUCGCAAACUCUUCAACUCAGGCCGCACAGUCCAGCAAACCCAGUCAAAGGAUGACAGCCAGAUGGACAGUCUGUAUCUGAAGUCUCUGGAAGGCUUUGUCGCUGUGGUAACAUCAGACGGGGACAUAAUAUUCCUUUCAGAAAAUGUCACUAAAUUUAUGGGCCUUACGCAGGUAGAACUGACAGGCCACAGCAUCUUUGACUUCACGCACCCCUGCGAUCAUGAAGAAAUCAGAGAGAAUCUCAGCGUCAAAUCAGGACCUGUGUAUGGCAGAAGAGGGAGAGACAUGAGCCCGGGCAGAGAUUUCUUCAUGAGGAUGAAAUGUACAGUAACCAACAGAGGUCGCACUGUCAACCUCAAAUCAGCGAGCUGGAAGGUGCUGCAUUGCACGGGUCAUCUCCAAGUGUGCAGCAGCCAGCCCCCUCAAGUCCUGUGUGGAUUUUCGGAGCCACCCCUCACAUGCGUCACUAUGCUGUGCGCACCGAUUCCACAUCCCUCAAAUGUGGACACACCUCUCGACAGCAAGACGUUUAUGAGCAGACACAGCAUGGACAUGAAGUUUAUCUACUGCGAUGAGAGAGUGAGCAGCCUGAUCGGGUAUAGGCCAGAGGAACUUCUUGGCCGUUCGGUGUAUGAGUUCUGCCAUGCUUCGGAUUCUGAAAGCAUGACAAAGAGCCACCAAAAUCUUUGUAAUAAGGGUCAAGUGGUCAGCGGUCAGUACAGAAUGCUAGCCAAACACGGGGGCUACGUUUGGAUGGAGACCCAGGCGACCGUCAUCUACAACAAUCGCAACUCCCAACCACAGUGCAUUAUCUGCAUCAACUACGUCCUGAGUUCUGUUGAGGAGCAAUCGGUCAUCUUCUCUCUGGAUCAGACAGAGUCUCUGUUCAAGCCCUACCACAUGUGUAACAUGGGAGAACUGUUCAGCCAGGGUGGAGCUUCCUCCGUUUCUGAAGCUGAGGACAUUCUUUUCACUAAGCUCAAGGAGGAGCCUGAGGAGUUAGCUCAGUUAGCUCCAAUGCCAGGAGACGCCAUCAUUGCCCUGGACUUUGAUAGGCCAGAUUUUGAAGAACCGACUUUCUUUUCCAAGUCUGGCAAGCUUCCUGUGGUGGCACCGUCAUGGGUUGUAGACACGCCGCCUGAUGGCAGUCCUGAAAGAAACCUGCCCAACUUACCGUCCACCUUCACCAGACACCAGGUGCCUCCUGCGGCCAAAUGCACACCCUGUUCCACACCCUGCCUGAGUGGGUGUUCUACACCUAGCAGUCCAGUAGAGUACUGUGGAAGUGGAGAGUGUGAUCUGAAGGUGGAGCUGACGGAGAAGCUGUUCGCUCCUGAAUCUGUAGCAACAAAUCCCACAGACUCCAGGUUGGACCUGAGCGAUCUGGACCUGGAGACUCUUGCUCCAUACAUCCCGAUGGAUGGUGAGGACUUCCAGCUGCACCCCAUCUGCCUGGAGGAGCCGGUGCCUGACUCAGGUCCAGGCCUGAACACAGCCCUCCAGCACAGCUUCAGCAGCGUAGCUGACCUCUUCCAGCCCCUGGGUCCAUUCCCUCCUCAAAACGAGAGCAGCACUAAAACAUGUCCAGACGGGGCUCAUGUGCAGCCUUACCAAACAGCACCAAACAUUACACUUUCCUCGAAGGAGGGUAGCCAGAUUCUCCAGUGGCCCCCUGAUCAACCCUCACAGUAUGAACGGACAGAUAUUAGAUGCAUGAAUGACCGAAGCACAGCAGAUCCGGGACGAGCAUGCAAUUUCACACAGCAAAGAUUCUUUGAGAGCUUUGCCCCAGUCCAGAAAGGCAUGAGUGUGGGUCAGCUAGCUCUCAUCAACAACUUCAAACGGAAGAGGCCAUCCGAGUUCAGUUCAUCAUGCUCUUUCACGGAUAUUCCAAAGCAGGUGGUAGCUCCUCAUGAGUCUGCAGACGGAAUGCAAAAAAGGAUGAAGAUGAUGAACAUCGACAGCUGCGCCUUCUCCGUCAGAAAGUCUCUCAGCACAAGUGUGCUAACAGAUAAAUUUCCAUAUAUGCAAAGCGGAUUGGUGGCUCCUCACGGCUGCAGUCAGUCUCUCAAAGGAAGCUCAGAGGAUCUCAAACAGCAUUUCCCAGAGUCCUUCAACUCUCCCAGUAACAGACAAUACCACAUGAUGCCUCCACACAAACACACAGGCAUGAUAAGUCAACUGCUGGGCCCAUCGUUUGACUCUUACUGUCUGCCAGAGCUGACACGAUAUGACUGUGAGGUAAACGUGCCUCUACAGGGAAACCUGCAUCUGCUUCAGGGCAGUGACCUUCUGAGAGCUUUGGACCAGACCACAUAGACCCAGAUCUUCUUCAGUGAUCCUUUGCCUAUUACGCUGUUGUCUUUUACGCAUGUAUAAUCAGCCUUUAUAUGGACGUGUUUGUACAUUUUCCUGUGUGAUAUUUUAAUAUGUAUUUGACAAAUCUGAUUGUUACUUGUUUAAAAUAUGUUGCGAUGUAACGCUCUAUGCUAUUUCAAACUCUAAUAUUGUCCUGUGCCUUCAGAUGCUGUGUUCUUAACAUUUAUGGUCAGAUUUACCACUGUUAUAAAGUUAUAUCUCAACUAACUAGAAUAUAUUCAAUAUACAAUAAUAAAUAUAUACAUACAUAUACAAAUAUAUAUAUAUAUAUAUAUAUACAUAUAUAUAUAUAUAUAUAUAUAUAUAUAUAUAUAUAUAUAUAUAUAUAUAUAUAUAUAUAUAUAUAUAUAUAUAUAUAUAUAUAUAUAUAUAUAUAUAUAUAUAAAAUGUAGUUUUAUUUGUAAGUUAUUCAUUCAGUUUGGAAUACAACUACUGUGUUUGUAUAAUUCAAAGACUUUGCUAAUCUAUUGCCUUAAAUAUUCACUUUGACAUUGUACCAUCGACAAAUGUGGCAUAAUACUGUUUAGCUCAGAAACAUGUCUGUAUUUCCAUUUAGAACUUCCUCUAUCCCUUUCACAAUUGUGACAAAUGCUGUAUUAAAUGUAUAGUUUCUGUCAUCUUUAAAGCACUUUAUUUUAAAAGAUGCAAAUGGAAGACCAAAAUGAAAAGCCCCGGUGUGAUGGUAUGUCUAAAACACUAACCGUUCUUUUUAAUAACAUCUGCUUUCUUUUAAAAACUGAUUUCUAAAUUUGCAUUUUAUUUUCUCAUACAAACAUAUCUAUUGCGUCUACAUUAGAUGAGGUCUCUGUAGAUCUAUGUAACACGUAAAAAAUGUUUGUAUUUGGUGUUCAGAAGUGCCUUGGUACUUGUACAGUAGACAGAGAUGAAUCUGUAGCUUUCUCUUUUACAGUACAUAUCUAAUAUAUAUUAUAGAUUUUGUAUUACGUUUUGUGAUGUGUAUGACCUUCUCGUGAUACUCUGGGGUUUCUGUGUGUUUCUUAACAAAAUAUAUUAAGCUAAUUUUAUCGUAUAUCUUUGAGAGUGUCUAUGAUUGUUUAUUCUCAGGAUAGUGGCUUAAAGUAACUAGCAUUUGUAUUCCAGUCUUUCUUUGUAGCAUUAAAAGAUAAGAAAGAUUGCAUUAUGUCAAAAAAAAAAAAAUUAAAACGUAAAUGGUGCUA